GUUAUGUCCAGGUAACUGGCAUCCCUAUCUCUACAUACAGAGUUUGACAAUAGGCAACAUCGUUUUUCCACCGAUCGAUGGGGGUCAGUUUGACAACGUCAAAAUCGCUUAAAAUGUCAUCAACAAACAAUAGUAGCAGUAAACAAAAGAAAACAAUGAACACUUUAACUGAUUUGAUGUAAACUAAAGUGCUCCUCGUUCGUAUUUAAAAUUAAUUUCGUUCAUUUUGUUACAAGCAAAGUUUUUAUGUUGACUACGAAAAUAUGACGUCACGUCACCCUCUUGGUUAUGUCAAAUCCAGUGUUUAUUAUCGAUACGUGUGCCAAGGUCCAAGAGUUGUGAUUGUAAUAUUUUUAUCUCCAUAAAUUCCUAAAAUUCGCUAGAAAGGUGGUGCUUGUGGCUCAAGAGUAGUCAAUAUGUCGCUCGUCGUGAAAAGACCAUUUCCAGAGCCGACAUUAACGAUUCAGCAGGAACCGGCACCGAUCGUUCCGCAGCUCUUGGGAUCCACUAGCAGCACCAAUACGGCCCGAAUCUACAAACGUAUCCGGUUGACAUCGAGAAAAUCCAGUGGUGUGCCUGUUUCAAUUUUAGCGUACGUCAAUUUGUUAGAGGACACAGUCAACAGUAACGAUGCGCUACAGGUGCUAAUCAAGAUCAGUGACUCGAUGCAGUUUGAUGAGAGUGAGUUUCCGGAAGCGGUCAAGAAGCUGGUGGAACAUUUUCGACGGGAGCCGGAAUCUGCUGUACGGGUUAAGAUACUGUCACUGUUUGGCGAUUUAGCGUGCGAGACGGGCAUUGAAUGUCCUCCGUUGAUAGACGAGGUGAUAGGGCUAUUGAAGGGAGAAACUUCAGCGAAGGUAAUUUCCCAGGGUUUGUGUGCCUUGGAGCGGAUUGGUCGUGCUUGUUCGUUAACUUCGGUAGCAUAUGUUAAUAAGAUGGUGUUUUUCGCAAAAAGUAAGCUCUUUUCACCCAGCCAUAAUGUUCAAAGGCAUGCCAUUUUAUUGCUUGGCUUGUUUGUGCUAGUUUCGGAUGCGGAGAAGGAAAGCUUGGAGUUAAUUGGGAAAUACACUGAUUCGGCGGAUGCAAGAGUGAGAGCGCAGGCUUUCCGCUCAAUGCUAACCUUGGGUGAACGUGGAGUGCAUCUGCCACCAACGCUCUAUGAGCGCGCCUGCAGUGCUAUGAUCGAUGAUUACGAAUGUGUUAGAAAAGAAGCACUUCAAAUGGUGUACAAAUUAGGUGUAAAACAUCCAGAGCAUCUAAUUAAGGUUCCAGACUCAGAACAGGAAAUUCGAUUGAUUGACGAUGCUUUUGGGAAGGUUUGCAAUGCGAUUUGUGACCUUUCGAUGCACAUUCGGAUGCAGGCUGCGGAUUUACUCGGAGGGAUGACCAUGGUUAGCGAUGAGUUUCUCCACCAGACGCUAGAUAAGAAACUGAUGAGUAACAUGCGUAGAAAGAAGAGUUUGCACGAGCGAAGUGCCGAGCAUUUCACAAGUGGAGAGUGGUCCAGUGGAAAAAAGUGGGCGGAUGAUGCACCUAAGGAACUGGUUAAUGCUGAAUCCGUUUCAUUAAUGGCUUCCGGAGCCUGCGGCGCUUUAGUACAGGGAUUAGAAGAUGAGUUUUUGGAAGUCAGAACGGCUGCUGUGAAUUCAAUGUGUAAGCUAGCGCUGAAAAAUCCGCCCUUUGCUGUUACAUCUCUGGACUUUUUAGUCGACAUGUUCAACGAUGAAAUCGAAGAAGUUCGUCUUAGAGCUAUCUGCAGUUUAACGGCAAUAUCCAAGCACAUCAUUUUGAGAGAAGAUCAACUGGAAACCAUGUUAAGUUCGCUGGAGGAUUACUCAGUGGAUGUCCGCGAAGGACUUCAUCUGAUGCUGGGUGCCUGCAAGGUUUCAACGAAAGCAUGUCUCUCGUUGGUCGUCCAAAAAGUGUUAGAUGUGCUUUUAAAGUACCCCGAAGAUCGUCUUUCAACGUACGGAUGUAUGCAGCGUGUUGGGCAGAAACAUCCGGAGAUAUGUAUGACAUUGACUCCGCAGCUUCUGCAGGAUCAUCCAUUUUUUGACAGUGCCGAGCGAGACGUGGAGGAUCCGUCCUACGUCUGCAUUUUGAUUAUGCUUUUCAAUGCCGCUCAACAUCUGCCCCCAAUGUUAGGCCUUUUCCCGGAAACCAUAGUGAAGCAUUAUUCAUAUUUACGCGAUACAAUGCCCGGAUUCGUUCCUCGUCUGAAUCUGGGAGGCCAAUCCACCGAAAUGAUGCUAACCGGUUCCACCGGAUCACGUCAGUUUUUAGAAACGCUGUUGAAUAACAUUCAGCAAGCUUAUCCUACCCCAAAAGCCCGUCUAGCAUUGCUGAAAGCGGUACAGGAAAAUCUCGAUCGUUUAGCUGAAAUCGAUCCUGUCUUCUCAGGAACCGCAAACUUUACAGCCACUUUCCUGGGUACUCAGCUACUAAUGGAAAAGUUACAUGUAGCAAUCGGUGGCCAACCAACGGAAGCCCCGUUGAAAGACUGUCUCGCCCAGUUGAUCCGGAAGUGUCUCGAGCUGCAGAACCUCUUCUCCUGUCUUACGCUUGACGAUCAUUUGUUGGUCAAACAGAUGUGCCUUCGAGCCAGUGCACUCAAUCUCGUCCUGGUUGUUAAGGAUCGUACCCAAAGUGCGCUCGCACCUUGUCAGCUGUUACUGCAGAUAGCCGCGGAUGCUAGUAACUUUAUGCAGGAGAACAGUUCCCUCGUACCCGAUUCCUUCACCAGUGCGAUUCUCACUAAGUUGGCUUCGAUCGGUGAUCCUCGUCCGGGUCGUGUUUUUCGAGAAAUUCUACCGUUAGUACAGGCUGCCUCUCCAGUAGUCAUCCCAAAAAUUAACACGAAUAUCCAAAUGUGCAAAGCACGAAUCAUCGAACCAUCGGACAACUACUACAAUUCGGACAACGUCAUUAAGGUCACGGCUGGUCUGAUAGCAGCCAUUCCAUUGGUUGCCGAGUUGGAAAAUAUGCAGGAAACUCAACGACAGGGUCUUCGCUUGAAAAUUAAAUAUCCCGAUCAAAAUGUGCACAUCGUAGUUCCUAGGAAGCGCGACAUAAAGAAGAUAAUAACUGAACAGGGCGAAAGUGAUACGCACUGGCGCCUGAGAACAACGGUUUUGCUGUCGCAUGGUGUUUGGACCGAAGCAGCACCGGUAGAUAUCGGCAUCUGCCUGUCCGUGCGUCCAAGCUGCGAGUUGGAACUGUGCAAACCAUUGAAGGUACAGUUUGCGCCAAAACCGGUCAAGAGGGGUAUUUGAGCUGGGUAGGUGCAGAAAGUAAAGGGAAGAGAAGGGAUCUGCAAAUUUUCAGUUCAUCCGAAAUUCUUAGGUUGUGCACGUUGAAGUCAGAUAUAAAAACCUCUCUGGUUGCCAAUUUCACACUAAAUCAGACUAACACGGAAUUAUGCAGACUACUUCAGUGUGAUAAAAGUACAUUCAAGUCCAAUUGGUUGGUGUUAAAUCAGACCGGACCAAGUCGCAAAACACCAAAAAAUGAGUUAAUGAUAGCACUGGAUAAAGAAUUUUUUCAUCUACAUUCCACUUUUACCAGAUUUGAAAUAUGAAACAAUGAACAAGAAUUAUGGUAAAAAUUA